ACAGCACCACUCCGACCCCGCCACCUCCCGGGAUCCCAUGGCUGCACCCUCCGCGUCGCCCGCGGCCUGGACGACGACGACAACGACGCACCGCGGCGGCUGCCUCAGGGUGCACGCCCUCUUCCUGCGCCGCCACCACACCCACCUCCACCAGCGGCGCCGGAGGGGCGCCGUCCGCCUCGUCGCCGCCGCCGCGGGCCUGGUGGCCGCGACCACGGCGCCGAGGAGGACGGCGGCGGAGGAGGCCGUCUACGAGGUGGUGCUGCGGCAGGCGGCGCUGGUGGAGGAGGCCUCCAGGGGGCCGGGAUCCACGCGGCGGCGGUGGGCGGAGGAGGACGGCGCCGGCACUGGCAUCCCCGGCUGGGGCCUCCUCGCCGACGCCUACGACCGCUGCGGCGAGGUCUGCGCCGAGUACGCCAAGACCUUCUACCUAGGUACUCAGCUUAUGACUCCUGAAAGGCGCAAAGCUGUCUGGGCAAUCUAUGUAUGGUGCAGAAGAACUGAUGAACUAGUAGAUGGCCCUAACUCGUCUUACAUUACACCAAAGGCACUUGAUCGAUGGGAAAAGCGAUUAGAAGAUCUCUUUGAGGGAAGGCCAUAUGAUAUGUAUGAUGCAGCCCUUGCGGACACGGUGUCAAAAUUUCCAGUAGAUAUCCAGCCAUUCAAAGACAUGAUUGAAGGAAUGAGGCUUGACCUGUGGAAAUCAAGGUACAGAAGCUUUGAUGAGCUCUACCUCUACUGCUACUACGUCGCUGGCACAGUUGGUCUCAUGACAGUACCGGUGAUGGGGAUUGCCCCAGACUCGAAGGCCUCAGCUGAGAGUGUGUACAAUGCUGCACUAGCUCUUGGGAUCGCCAACCAGCUUACAAAUAUUCUCAGAGACGUAGGCGAAGACUCAAGGAGGGGAAGAAUAUACCUUCCAUUGGAUGAAUUGGCAGAAGCAGGUCUGACAGAAGAUGACAUAUUCAGAGGGAAAGUGACUGAUAAAUGGAGGAAGUUUAUGAAGGGACAAAUUCAGCGUGCCAGGUUAUUCUUUGAUGAGGCUGAGAAGGGCGUUGCGCAUCUAGACUCUGCGAGCAGAUGGCCGGUUCUGGCAUCUUUGUGGCUGUACAGGCAGAUCCUCGACGCAAUUGAAGCAAACGACUACAACAACUUCACCAAGCGCGCGUAUGUAAACAAGGCAAAGAAGCUACUGUCUUUACCGGUUGCAUAUGCAAGAGCAGCUGUUGCAUCAUGAACAAUAACUAGAUCAGAUACCCUUUUUCUCAUUUUUAUUUUCCUUUGAUUUUGCAAGAUUUCUUGGCUGUUGUAUAUAUUCAGCUCUACCUGUACGUCAUAAGUCUGCCACAGUUUUCUUUAGUUCAAGGGACCGAUUCCAGAUUUCCAGGUCCCUACAAUACUUAACUCUUGUUACAAAUACACAGGGGUUAAACCCCACAAUUAAAGAAG